ACUGCCAAACUCCCAUUUUACAUUUUGCAAUGAAUGAUUUUGUAUUCCUUGAAAGCAUUCCUACAAAACCCUAGAUAUCUAUGAUAGAACAUAAAUUUUCUUAACUAGUUUUUGAAAUCAAUCCACUAUAAUCAUUUAAAAAGGUGACCAUAUACGCCAUAGAAAUGCGUAAGAUCGCUUGGGCUUUCUUUUAAAAUGUAAAACUGAAUAUUUUUGAAUCACGCUUAUUUUCACUAGACAUGAUUCUUUGUUCUGAGUCCGCACAGUUUACCUAGUGAACUGAUCUAUCAGAUCUAUCACUGAUCUAUCAGUUCACUAAUAGAGUUAAAGAUCUUGGUGUAGUGGGCUUCUUUCAUGGUAGUAGUUGCGUGCCACCCAGCUUCACAUAUCAGAGUGGCCUGGACUUCUCCAUUAGGUUUGAAAUUAGUUAUCGUUUGUUACUGAAUUCCAUACUCCGACACGAUACCCGGGCCACGCCCACACCGCCAUGGAGGACCGCCGCCAGAGAAUGCGGGCAUAUCGGCGGGCCCGUCGGAAGUUUGCAUGCGUCGUCUACAUGGUGACCAUAGCCUGGAUGGUCCUGGCCCUCUUGCAGUGGCUCCUGGUCAGCCUGAUAUCGGACAUAAGUGUGACCUUUACAGACUUUUACUGGAUUAGCGUGAUCUUCUUCGCGGUGGCCAUGGUAAUGGUCACGCUGUUCAUAUUCUUCGAGAAGAUCCGCUUCAUCAUUGGCCUCAACUGGCUGAUCACCGUGCUUAUAGUGGAGUUUGUGAUAAUUGGUAUUUUCGCUCUGGUGGCAAGAACUCUUUGGCAGGACUUGAUAAUGUGGUUUUUCAUCUGUGUGCUGCUGGUCUUCCUGUUUGUGCUGCUGGGAUCCAUUAUACCCCACGAUCUUACAUUGGACGUUGUAAUACUGUUUGUAAUGGCCUUUAUUUUCCUGAUCGUCACCGUAUUCUUUGUCAUGAUGCACAUUCUGAUCGAUAUGCCGUACUCCUUUGUGGUAUUCCAGAUCUUCAUAAGCAUUAUUGUGCUCUUGUUCGUGAUGUACCAUGCCCAGACGAUCAAUGGUGGACGCUUUGCCGAGAUGCGGCUGAACGAUCACCUGCUGGCCUCGCUCAUCCUCUUCCACGACUUUAUCAUCAUCUUCCUGCUCACCUUCUAUGCACAGAUUAUCUACAAGUUCGCUUCGAAGGCCGCUGUAACCACGAGAUCUCCGUUAGAGGGCAGCUGGUUGCAGACGACACCGACUAAUGGGGAUGAAGUCGUGGAAGACAAUGACGAGGACACCGAUGAAGGACCGACGGCAUUGGGCAGUGAGGGCUCCCCAGGUGUAAAUGCAUCAUAACCCUCCAAAGGGGUCAAUGUAUUCUUCUAGAGGCGAAGCGACUAUUUUCGGAUCGAGCGCAUCAAAUUGCAGGAUGCAGGAUUAUCGACAUGGUUGGGCACUUAGUCGACUUGUAAUUAGUGCCAAUUAAUACCUAAAGGUAUUAAGGAGACAUAUUUGGUAUCCUUAAAACGCGAAAAAGCUGUGACUAUACAACAAAGAAUCCAAAAAUGUGCUUAGAACAGCAUAUAUUGCCCACAAUAAAACAGAUAUUUUUCUUGUGUUUAACUAGAA